GGCCUACUCAAGAGGCUGAAAGAGAAGAAAAAAAUCCGGACACACAGCUCCCGGGAGGGGCCCCCCAGCACCCUGGGCUCCCGGGAGUCACUGGCCGCCCUCUCUGAGCUGGACCUGGGCGCCGAGCGAGAUGUACAGGUGCGGGCACUGCACCCAAGCCUUCUAGAGGAGCCCUUCUGCUUCCAGGUCUCCUGGGCCGGUGGGAGCCGCUGCUUCUCCUGCAGCUCAGCCUCGGAGAGAGACCGCUGGAUCUCGGACUUGCGCCGUCAGCUCCAGCCCAGCCAGGACUGCGCCCGGCGCGAGGGGACGUGGCUCAGCGUGUGGGUGCACGAGGCCAAGGGGCUGCCGCGCGGGUCUGGGGGCCCCGGGGUGCGCGCCGAGCUCUGGCUGGACGGGGCGCUGCUGGCGCGCACGGCGGCUCGGGGCGGCCCGGGGCCCCUCUUCUGGGCCGAGCGCUUCCACUUCGAGGCGCUGCCGGCCGCGCGCCGCCUGUCCCUGCGCCUGCGGGGCGCCCCCGGGUGCCCGGCCCUGGGCAGGGUGACGCUGGGCCUGGGCGAGCCGGAUGCCGCGGGCCUGGAGCGCUGGUUCCCGCUGCAGGGCGCCCCGGAGGGCGCGGCGCUGCGGGCCCGGGUCCGAGCUCGGCGCCUGAGGGUGCUGCCUUCCGAGCGCUACAAGGAGCUGGCGGAGUUCGUCACCUUCCACUACGCGCGGCUGUGCGGGGCCCUGGAGCCCGCGCUGUCCACCCCCGGCAAGGAGGAGCUGGCCGGCGCCAUGGUGCGCGUGCUGCAGGCCACCGGGCGCGCCCAGGCACUGGUGAGCGACCUGGGCGUGAUGGAGCUGACCCGCUGCGGAGGGCGGGAGGCACUCCUUUUUCGGGAGAACACGCUGGCCGCCAAGGCCGUGGAGGAGUACAUGAAGCUGGUGGCUCAGGGCUACCUGCAGGAGACGCUCGGGCCGGUGGUGCGGAGUCUCUGCGUGUCUCUGGGCGACUGCGAGGUGGACCCCAGCAAGUGCCCGGCCGCCGAGCUGCCCCAGAACCAGGCCCGGCUCUGGACAGGCUGCCAGGAGACGUUUGAGAGCAUUGUCCACUCCAGCGACUGGUUCCCUGCCGAGCUGGGCGCCGUCUUUGGCAGCUGGUGGGAGGCCUGCCGGGCGCGGGGCUCAGAGGCACUGGCCCCCCGCCUUGUGUCCGCCUCCCUGUUCCUUCGGCUGCUCUGCCCUGCCCUGCUGGCCCCCCAGCUCUUUGAGCUCACCCCCCAGCACCCCGCGCCCGGCCCGGCCCGCACCCUCACACUCAUCGCCAAGGUCAUCCAGAACCUCGCCAACCAAGCCCCAUUUGGGGAGAAGGAGGCCUACAUGGGUUUUAUGAACAGCUUCCUGGAAGAACACGGCCCUGCCAUGCAGGGCUUCCUGGAGCAGGUGGCCAAGGUGGACUUGGACGCCGCCCCCCGAGGGUACCAGGCCGCUGGGGACCUAGCCCUCCACCUGGCCGGCCUGCACGCCCAGCUCUGCACCAGCUUCUCCGAGCUGGACCAGGUGACCCGUGACAGCCUGGAGCCACUGCCCACCAUCCUGAGAGCCAUCGAGGAGGACAAGCCCGUCCCUGUGUCUGUGCCCCUGCGUCUGCCCCCGGCGCCCACCCAGGGCCACGCCAGCCUCCCUGCAGGGGAGAAGCGCCUCUUCCUGCCCCCACGGGAUCUCCCCAAACACACCCCGCUCAUCUCCAAGAGCCAGUCGCUGCGCAGCGCGCGGGCCCCGGGUGGCUGGGCGCGCCGGACCCCCGAGGAUGCGCGACCUCCGGGGACCCCGCGGCCGGUGCAUCGCACCCAGAGCGUCCCCGCCCGCCGGCCCGCCCGCUGCCGCGCGUCCUCGGGGUCCCGGCCGCGCCCCCCCGGCUCCACGCGCUCAGGCCCCGCACCCCGCCGCCCCUGGCCCGGGGCCUCGGCCUCGUUGCCCCGCAAGCCGUCGGUGCCCUGGCAGCGCCAGAUGGACCAUCCACGGGACGGAGAGCCGGCGCCUGGCCCCCCGCGGCCGCUGGGCAAGCUGGCGGAGCUGCAGUGCGACGUGGCGGCCGUGCGCGAGGAGCAGAAGGCGCUGGUGGGCCUCCUGGAGGCGCUGGCCGCCCAGGUGCGGACGCUGGCGGAGCAGCAGGAGCAGCUGCGGACACACUUGCAGGAUCUGGGCGCCGGGCUCCGCCAGGGGCGGUGCAGGCCGGAUGCAGGGGGCGACCCUCCCGCCUGCGAGGCUCACAGGCUGGAGAGUCUGGAGCGCCGCCUGGCUAAGGUGGAGACAGCCCAGGUGCAUCUGAGGAAGGCGGUGGACAGCCUGCAGCUGCCGCCCAGGACGCGAGGGGCCUCCCGGAGCCCAUCCCUGGCCCCCAAAACACCCCGUGUCAACGGAGGCGCCCCAUGAGCGGCCCACCGCGCCCCCCAGGGCCAGGAGGAGAGUCCAGGCUUGGGGGAGACCCCCUCCAAACCUGCCUCCUUCAGGCAGGCUGCCAAGUACUUUGGUGCCAGGAAGCUCCUAGUAAAGAUGUCGAUUU